CAACUCUCAUCUGAUUGGUUGCAUUCUAUAUGGAAUUUUGGCAGGCCAACUUGACAAACAUAAACCAUGUCUGAACGAGAUAAAACAGAAGCGUUUGUAACGCUAGCCACCAAUGACACAUACAGUAUAGGAUGUCUGGUAUUGGGUGCGGCCCUACGAAGGGUACAGACCACCCGGCGACUGGUCGUCAUGAUCACAGAGGGCGUGUCAAACCCCAUGAGGGCCCAACUAGCACAGCUAUUUGAUGUUUUGCAAGAGGUCAACCUCCUAGAUAGCCAUGACCCUGUGAACCUUGCCUUGCUAGGGCGACCUGACCUGAAUGUGACCUUCACAAAACUUCACUGCUGGCGGUUGACACAGUUUACAAAGGCCGUUUUCCUAGAUGCAGAUACCUUAGUAUUACAAAACGUAGACGAGCUAUUCGACAGAGAGGAGCUCUCUGCAGCCCCAGACGCUGGCUGGCCCGACUGCUUCAACUCUGGUGUGUUUGUGUUCAGACCCUCUCAAGAGACGUACGACUCUCUGCUCAGUUUCGCAACUUCACAAGGAAGCUUUGACGGUGGAGACCAAGGCCUCCUCAACAUGUAUUUCAAGAACUGGUCAACAGAGGAUAUUUCCAAGCAUCUGCCGUUCAUCUACAACGUGGUGUCUCAGGCUUUCUACAGUUACCUACCAGCCUUUACACAGUUCAAAGAUCGUGUGAAAAUCGUUCAUUUUAUUGGAGCAGUUAAGCCAUGGCAUCACACGUUUGAUCCUGUCACAGGAAGAGUAACCCCCCUGCCAGGCACCGGCCACAGUCAAGAGUUCCUUGAGGUGUGGUGGUCCAUUUUUAUGGAGAAGAUACAGCCCAGUUUGGAUCCGUCCCUGCGUGAGGAAUUGUCAAGGGCGGUGCUAGUUGGCAACCCUGCCAGACUGUCUGGUGGUGAAGGAGCUGGGGCCUCAAAGGAGCCAGUACCAGACGCUGUCAGGAAACUGAAUUGGGAGAAAGGUCAAAUUGAUUAUCUGGGUCAGGAUUCGUUUGAGAAUAUUCAACGGAAGAUUGAGGAGACACUGACUUCUGAAUCUAAGCCCACACCUACGCCUUUUGCACCUGCUCCCGAAGAAAAAUCUGCCCCAAAGCCAGUAGAAACAACAAAAGUUACCACUGGAGUAGGAAAAAUUUCAAUUACUACUUCAUCUAAGAAGAAAUAAUGACAUUUAUUUUUAAGUGAAUUAUAAUUGAAUACUGGAAAAACAACUUUUUUUAUUUUCAAAGGGGGAUACCUGCAAUUAUGUUAAAAUAAGAUUCUGUCUUAUUGUUCAGUUUUGAACAUGUUAUGUUUGUCUCUUCAAAUUUAUAUUCAACAUUAAUGGGUAAUACAAUAUUAAAGAAUCACUAAUGUCAUUCAAUUCAAUUUAAAACAAAAAUAAGGAAAAAAGUUUUUAAAAUGUAAUGAUAUCCUUUUACAUGAAAACAUCUUUAAUAACAGAAUUUGUUGGUUGGCAUUAGCAUGUAUCUUAUAAAUUGUUUUCAAAUAAUUGCUGUUUAUAUGAUCUAGUUUUUUAAAUUUAGUUUUAAUGAUAAUUGUGACUGAUGAUUCAUAUUUGGUUUUAAUGGUGCCUGCGUUUUUGUAAAUGACGCUGAAACAAUCAUGACAAGAAUUAUUUUAAUAAAACUAGGGCCUGCACUCAGCAACCAAUCCUAAGACAUAAGUUUGAGAAAACAUUUUAAUGUUGGUAAAUCAGGGGACAAAAAUAUUUCUAAACAGCACUUGUCCUGCAGGACGGGUGCAUACAAUUUUGCACUUGUCCUGCAAACACAUGCACUUGUUCUUCAAAUAUGUAUGAAAUAAAGAUUGCAAAGGGCUGAUAUGACUAAUAAAGUUUCCUAUACCACUGCUUAAAUGCUGCUUACUCAGUUAUUCAUGCCAGCUGAUCACAGAAGAACAGACGUU